UCUAAAAAUGCUACAACGAAUGCUCUGUUUUUCAUUCAUUUUGUUUUCAAUAACUUUUUAUUUCUUGUCAGUUUCUGCCACAAACUCCGUCAUCUAUACCGAAUGCUCUCAACUAUGUUUUACCUCAAUGACACCCUACGAGUCGAAUCUCAACUCACUGUUCACUUCCAUAGUCGACUCAGCCUCCAGCUCCAACUUCAACACAUACGAAGUCUCCCCUUUGGGAUCCUCACAAAGCGAUGUGGUUUAUGGUCUCUUCCAGUGCCAAGGCGACCUUAGCUUCUCGGAUUGCAAAGAUUGUGUAGCAAGUGGUGUGAGUCAACUCAAGACAACGUGUUCUAUGUCGACUUUCGGAACCAUGCAAUUAGAAGGAUGUCUUGUGAAAUACGAUAACACGCCAUUUUUUGGGGUUGAGGACAAUAGGGAGGUGAACAAGAGGUGUGGCCCAACGAUUGGUUUUAAUUCAGAUGUUUUGUCCCGUCUAGAUGCCACAUUGACAGAUAUACUUGCUGGAAAUGGACAAUUCUUUCGUCGGGGUGGGCAUGGGAGCAUGCACGCUCUGGCUCAAUGUGUACUAGAUUUGAGUACAAGUGAAUGUGAAGAUUGUCUUUCAGAGGCUCGCAGACGGUUGAAAUCAGAGUGUGGACUGUCAACUUGGGGUGAUAUGUAUCUAGGAAAAUGUUAUAUUCGAUAUGUUGAUCAAGGUAAUGAUAAUAAUGCAGAUAACUGUGAUGAUGAUGACAAUCGUCGACGUGGCAAAAAAAAGAAAGCUAAGAUUAAAGGACAAAGAAUAGGAUUAUGGUUUCUUACCAAUAUGGCAGGUGGCGUACUUGGAGGAGGUACUGGUUAUGUUGCCGUAAAGAUCUACAAAAAUGAAGAUGUACGAGACAGGGUACUACGAAUCCUACGCAUACGACGUUGUUAAGAGGUUGUAUGUAUACGUACACAAUGCAAAGCUAUAGAAGAUGUUUCAACCACUUCAAUUUAUCAAGCUUCAUUAAUACCGCCCGUUUUGAACUCGUGGAUAUGCUGGUGGGAGUCCCAUCUUUAGUUUAUAAAAUCAUAUUUUAUGAUUAAUAAAUUUUGUUGCAGGUUUGCCCUACCUCUCAUACGAGUACAGGUUUCAUCUAUCAUAUUUUGUGUAUUAAAAUAUAAUUUGACUUUUAUCAUUGUACCAUUUAUCAUUUUUUUUACCUUAUCUUUACGUUUACUAUAGAUACUGGUUAAACCAAAAUAAUUGGACCAAGCUGGACGAAUUAGAUA